ACCGUUCCGCAUCGCCUUGCAGAAAAGGAAAAGAUCGAAAAUCGGGGAGCUAACAGGAAGUGAAAAGUAUCUCCUUCUGUAAUCGGGGCAAGGCUGGGGGUUGCUUUAGUGCGACCUGACGCUGGAAAAGAGAGACGAGAGUCCCGAUUGCUUUAAUGCCGGAGAGUGCGGCGGAAGAAAGCGCGUUGAACUCGGGUUUCUUUCGGUGUGAUAAACUGGAGAUGGAGGAAGCUGUUGAACUGAGGCAAAGAAAGAAUCCAAGCUGUGCAGAAGUUGAAGAAAAAACUCUCAAAGAAAACAACGAAAAAGGCAAACAAUCCAAAAGAUCCCUAAAAUAUGUCUUAAUUCCACAUUUUACAAAGCUUUUCUUUGGCUGCAUUACAGCAAUCAUAAGUGGAAUGAUGUAUGCCAUAUAUCUUUCAACAUACCAUGAACGCAAAUUCUGGUUUUCUGGUAGGCCGGAACUUGAACGAGAAAUCACAUUUCAGGGUGACAGUGCCAUUUACUAUUCAUUUUAUAAAGAACUGUUAAAAGCCUCCUCUUUUAAAAAAGGCAUUCAUCAGCUUAUUCAUGACAACAGGACCCUGUCACUAAAAACAAUGAACACUGUACGACAGAUGACUUUGUAUCCGGAAUUGAUUGCCAGCAUUUUAUAUCAGGCAUCUGGCAGUGAAGAAGUUAUUGAGCCAGUCUAUUUUUACAUUGGCAUAGUAUUUGGGCUACAGGGCAUCUAUGUGACGGCAUUGUUCGUAACCAGCUGGCUUAUGAGUGGGACUUGGCUAGCAGGGAUGCUGACUGUUGCCUGGUUCAUUAUUAACAGAGCGGACACAACAAGAAUAGAUUAUUCAAUACCUGCUAGGGAGAAUUGGGCUCUGCCAUAUUUUGCUUGUCAAGUUGCAGCUCUAACAGGCUAUCUAAAGAAUAAUAUAAACUCCUCUGCUGAGAGAUUUUGCUACCUGCUGGUCAGUGCUUCAACAUACACUUUUAUGAUGAUGUGGGAAUACAGUCAUUAUCUACUGUUUAUCCAAGCAGUCUCUCUUUUCCUGCUGGAUGUCAUAGGGUUCACACAGACAGAGAAGGUGCAUGAAAUAUAUAAAAUCUAUCUGUUUUCCCUCUUCCUGGGAUAUGUGUUACAAUUUGAAAAUCCAGCUUUAUUAGUAUCUCCAUUAUUAAGCCUUGCUGCUACAGCUUUGCUGGCAAAAUACCUUCAGAUGAAUAUGAAAAAGGGAACUCUUCUUUCAAGGAUGCUGAAAGUCAUCUAUUUUUAUUUGGUAUUCACGGUCACAGUGACUUUGAAUCUUACAAUGAAGACAUUUAUUUCCCAUAAAGAAAAUGAGCAUUUAAUUAAAGUCCUUGAAGUAAAAUUGGGAUUAAAUACAAAUAAGAACUUCACAGUUAAUUGGCUGCUUUGUCAAGAAUCACUUCAGACACCAUCCCAAGACUUCUUCCUGCGGCUUACUCAUUCUUCGCUAUUGCCAUUCUACAUUUUGGUGCUAAUUAUUUGCCUUGCUUCUGUGGGUCAGGCUUCCUUUAAGAAAAUGAGCAAUAAACAAGUCAACGAGCCAACCACACACGAGUGCGGGAUUGGUGAAAGACCAGAAGUAGCCUACCAUAUAUUGCACACAGUUUCCUUGGGGUUGCUUUCUAUGAUGAUGGAAGGAAUGAAAUACGUGUGGACUCCAUAUGUUUGUAUGAUUGCGGCAUUUGGAGUCUGUUCUCCUGAGCUUUGGACGACUCUUUUCAAGUGGAUCCGACUGAAAACUGUGCAUCCUGUUCUGCUGGCUCUCAUUCUGAGUAUGGCUGUUCCAGCUAUUAUAGGGUUUAGUUUGUGGAAAGAGUUUUUUCCUAGGAUAAUGGCAGAACUCUCAGAGCUCCAAGAAUUUUAUGACCCUGAUACAGUAGGACUCAUGACCUGGAUUAAAAGACAGGCUCCUAUUGCUGCCGUCUUUGCUGGAAGUCCACAGUUAAUGGGUACAAUCAGACUGUGCACUGGAUGGAUGGUGACAAAUCUACCCCUGUAUAAUGAUGAUGACCUGCAAAAGAGAAAUGAAAAUAUUUUUCAGAUCUAUUCCAAAAGAUCAGCUGAGGAUAUCUACAAAAUACUCACAUCUUACAAAGCUACGUAUCUGGUCAUAGAAGAUUCAAUUUGCAAUGAAGUUGGACCAGUGAGAGGAUGCAGGGUUAAAGACUUAUUAGAUAUUGCCAAUGGUCAUGUUUAUUAUGAAGAAAAUGACAGCUCUGGCUUCUCAAAAUAUGGGCGGUUUUGUCAGGAGAUCAAAAUGAACUAUUCUCCAUAUGUGAAUUACUUCACACGAGUAUACUGGAAUAGGUCUUACUUGGUAUAUAAAAUCAAUUCUAUAAUAUCUUUUCAAUCCUGAGAUUUUUGCAUCCUUUGAAGAUGGACUUUGCGUAAUUUUUAAAAAGGCUAAGGUUCCAACAAACCUUUUUUCUAUUGCAUAUAAAUUGCAGAUGCACACAAAGGCACAUCAUUGACUACAUGAAAACUGCGUAGUGUAUCCUGCAUGACUAUUACAGACUGACACAGGCAUCUCUCACAAGAGAGAGAUAUGCCCAGAACUAUAGAGGAUACAACUGUCUUCCAAGAAUUAAAAGGCAUCUUUCCAGUUUUUCACUUUUAACGUCAAUUUGGUUUCAGUUUCAUAGCAAUUACUUUUUUAGCUAUGUUUAUUUAUGUUGGCAAAUACAAAAAAAGGAAUAAGAGAAUUUGCUGGACAUUAUUCUCCGGUUAUAUACAUAUAUCUGGGUUUGGAAGUGGGGUGGGAUGGGGAACGUUCCGCUAUUUUCAUUAGUUUGGAAAUCCCACUAUAUUCCUGGAAUUUGUUACUAUGGGAAAAGUAGGGAGACAAAUGGCUGAGAAUGAUAGACUGAGGAAUAAGGCUGUGCAGACUAAGCUGUUGGCUGAGAGAAACUCUCUGAUUGGGGCUGUCUUUUUUAUUAUUAUUUUUAGUAGAGCAUUAUUAUACUCUUAUGUUUGGUGAAAGGUUUGGUUUAGGUACCCAAUCAAUAAUAGUAUUCUAAAUAAGUUGAAUUAAAUAAAGAUUUCCUUUCAGUUCUGUAAAUCAUAUAUUUUAGGCAUUCUUAUGUCUUAUCUAAAAAAGGUAAUGAACCAACAUAAAAUUUAGCCCUUUAAUAAGAAAAGGUUGACGGCUCAUAUUCUAGAAGUUUAGCUUCAACUACUUGCUACUUUGUGGGAUUAUUCUGUUCGUUGCUUAUGUUUUUGUGUAAUUAUUUGCAUUUAUCAUUUGUUCCUAGUCAUUAUCAGGACAAAUUAUUCAUUGUGGCUUAGUAAGAGUAUUCCACCCAUUUGCUCUUCUAUUCAUUGGUUUUAUAAUAUGCCCAGAUAAAUUUGGAUUUGUAAGCCAAAAUAAAAGAUCAGAUUUUGUUUAUGAAUCCUUAUGUAUUUUGGUAGCUGCAGUUAAAUUUUAUUUAUUCCUGAUUUCUUCAUCCAUUUGAAUGGUGGAGCAAGCAAACCAUAUUUACAUACUCAAUUUUUGUUUUUUUUAAUUAAAUCCGGAUUUCUGGCUUGACAUCCGAAUGUGGCAAUUGUCUGGUUAAAAUAUUUCUGCAAAAUUAAGUCAAAAUGCCACUAAUGACCAAACUAAUAAUGUAAAUUGGCUUACUUUCAUAAAGUAAAAGUUCUUAUUAUAUUUUAGUAUAACUUUAUUCUUCACAGCUUUUUUAUUGUUAAACUUCCUUUUCUACUUUUUUUCUCUGAAUUUCUCCUGUGUUUGAUCUCAUGGUCUUGAAUUAAAAACAGUUAUUUAACUGUAUGCCCUGAAGAUGUUCCUAGUAUACUUGCUGAAAAAGUAUUUCAUUCCAAAAUUAUAUUUUUUUCUGACUUUAAUAUUAUACUUAAUAAUACUUAACGAAAUAGCCAGAGAGAAAAAAUGUGAAUAUUUUAUCAUGGUCUUGUUGUAUGGCAUUUUUAGGGAAGCUAAUCAAUGCUGCCUUUUAUUGUGCAAGUCAAAGCUCUUGAACAUAAGAAUUUGAAAAUGUAAUUAUUUUAUUUUACAUUUAAUUGAGCUUGGAAAUAUCCUGCCAGGGAUAGCCAUACCAGAGGCUGAAAAAGUCAAGAAUGGUGCCACAUCCAUGUACUCAAAACCCUGUCCUUUUUUUGUAUGUGCAUUAGUGCAUGUAAAAAUGGCUUUGGUCUCAUAGUUAGGAUACUAUCUUGAUGUUUUUGGCCUCUCCCUUCAGGCUGCCCUGCCUCCUGCCAUAAAGAAUCACUCCAAAUCAGCUGGAUGUGAGGGCAAUCUAGCUAUGACAUCUCUGACCCCAUUGAUCGCUAGGGCUGAUUUGCCUCAUCUGACUGGCUAGGCAGUGUCCUUUUCCUCCUUCACCGUGCCAUGUGCAUUCCUCCCAAAUCUGUGCACUCCGGGGAAGAGGACAACUUUCUCAGAUAAGAGGUGUACCAGUUUUCGGUGUAAACCAAAUCACUUCACAGAACCUGUUGUAGUCUGGGUUUUGAGUAAAAUUAUUUUAAAAGGGACAAAAGUCUGGAAUGCAUUGAAAUGUAAUUUUCUUUAAUAUUACAGUCAUUUAUUUCUGUACAAGUUUAUGUCUCUGUGCUUUUAUGUUGUAGCAGUAAGUUAACGAAAGAUACAUUUGCUUUAAUUUCUAAAAGAAAUUAACUUUACAGUACUACUGCUAACCAUGGUGUUGUGACAUUUGAGGGAGAGAUGAUAAAUUGUGCUCUUAAAUGUUCUGCUCAUUUGGUAUUAAGCCAUUUUCUUUUAUUUUUAUUUGCGAAGCCUAUAGAAAUAUAUACAGAUAGCAUUUCGUUCAGUGGUCUUGAAUUUUGAACACAAAUUCUAAUUCUCUGAAAGAGUUGUAGUGGAUUGGCCUUUCACGAAUCCCUGUCCUUCCAACCAGUGCAGAUAAAAUUUCACAAUCCUAAAAUGAAUUCCUUUUGAAUACUAUUCCCAGUGCUGAGUAUUGUAAAAGUUUUAGAGAAUAGUAACACAUUUAUGUUACAAAAUUUUACAGUUCUGUAUAGUCUCAGAAAACAGUUCUGACCAUGAGCAAGAAAUGUGUAUCUCUCUCUUGAGUGUCAGUGUGUCUUAUAAUUUAAAUAAUGGGGAUCUUCCCAUAUUUCACUGGUUAUGCUUGAACUGAAGUAUAAGAACUUUCAAGUUGUAAAAUCUCUUAAAAUGCUGAGUUGUAAUGAGAUCCUUUUGAAAAGGAAUUUGUAAUGUAAAAAAAAAAACAGCUCUUAAAGGCUCAGGGAGACCAAUGCUCAAUCAUAACAGUGUUAAAUUCCAUUUCUGGUUUCUGAAUUAAGUAUUGGGAGUUUUUAGGGAGUUGUGUUUAAUUUUUUGCUAUUCCUUCAGGAUUUGGAAAAUAACAAGAUUGUGGAAUCAUGUAAGCAUGACAAGUAUGUAUUCCCCGCACUUAAUAUAGUUCAAAAAUAAUUAUAGCUGUUGAAAACACAUAUACUCAAAGAUCUAAACCUUGGCUGUCAGUAUUGCAAUGCUGUUGGAGAAUGUGCCUUGUAAACUUCUCUUUUUAAAAAAAUGCAAAACUCAAA